AUGCAACGGUGGGCAUACGCCGCAGUCGUAUUAUUCUGUUUGCUUACAGAUUUACGGCGCCGGGCUCGUUUGCUUGAGAAUCAAAUCGAUCUUAAAUUGGUAGCACUGAACAAACUGACAUCCGGAACAUCAGGUCGUUACGAAACGCUGUUGAACGAAAAAGCAAUUGUGAAUAGCAAACAGAAAGAAUUCGAUUCACUUUCUUCAGAAUUAGAAGGCAUGCUCGCUAAACUGACACAGAUUGAUGAGCAGCUACCGAUUAUUGACUACGAAGCAUCGUUGACGGGUGAAUGGGUGCAGUGGACAUCAAAGGUUCCCCAGAUCGAAGUAGAAACACAUCGGGUUGCUGCUGCUGAUUUGGUGAUACCAACAGUGGACACUGUGCGACAUGAAAUGCUUCUCAACACUUGGCUUUCCGAGCACAAACCACUGGUGCUCUGUGGUCCGCCAGGUUCCGGCAAAACAAUGACUCUCCUCUCGGCGCUUCGUUCUUUACAAGUACUUUACUUCAAAAAAAGAAAUAUUGCAUUUUCAUAUAUAUUUAAGGAUAUGGAUGUUGUCAGUGUUAAUUUUUCAUCUUCAACCACUCCGGAGUUGUUGAUGCGCACAUUCGAUCAUUACUGCGAAUACCGUCGUACACCCAAUGGUGUGGUACUUUCGCCGGUGCAAAUUUCCCGAUGGUUGGUCAUAUUUUGCGACGAAAUCAAUCUACCAGCCCCAGACAAAUAUGGUACACAGCGUGUCAUUUCGUUCUUACGCCAGCUUGUCGAAAUGAAUGGUUUUUAUCGUACAUCGGAUCAAACUUGGGUAUCUCUUGAACGAAUCCAGUUUGUUGGAGCUUGUAAUCCGCCAACCGAUCCUGGUCGACAUCCGCUUUCGUUGCGUUUCUUGCGCCAUGUCCCUGUGGUAUAUGUGGAUUAUCCAGGGCAAACAUCCCUAGUGCAAAUUUAUGGAGCUUUCAACCGAGCCAUGUUACGUGUUUCAUCCAACUUGCGUUCAUUUGCUGAGCCCUUAACAAAUGCUAUGGUCGAUUUCUAUCUACAGUCACAGGUAAGGCUUAUAAUACUCGUUGAGAGCAUUUCUUAA